CACUGUUCCUAGACCAGUUAACCCACUGUUCCUAGACCAGUUAACCCACUGUUCCCCCGGGUAGGCCGCCAUUGUAAAUAACAAUUUGUUCUUAACUGACUUGCCUUGUUAAAUAACAAGUAUUAAUUAUAACGGCAUUAUAAGGCUUUAUGUUAAAUGCUACCAAAUGUAUUAGCUAGUUACUUGAUUGAGCUAAUUCUCUUAUUGCUCUUCUAUAUAGAUCUGUGGUUUAUUAAGAAUCCAAAACAUCCAACUCUUCAACACAUCCAUUCACUUAAAUAUUCUCUGAUUGACUGAGAUGAGAACUGCUGAGGAGUCUUCUGGCACGGUUCUACACCGUCUAAUCCAGGAGCAGCUCCGUCACGGGAACCCCACGGACACCCGUACCCUCCUGGCCAUCCAGCAGCAGGCCCUGCGUGGAGGCAGCAACAGCAGCGGAGGAGGCGGUACCGGAUCACCCCGCUCCUCUCUGGAGAGCCUGACCCAGGAAGAGUCCCAGUUCAUCCACAUGUCCACCAGACAGGACCCCCAGGGCCAGGAGUACCAGGGGGACUACAAACACUGUGAGAGGGACUUCGUGUGUCAUCUCUACCAGCUCCACAGACACGGAGAGGAGCUGCCCACCUAUGAGGAGGCCAAGGCUCACUCUCAGUACCUGGCCUCGGUAGGGGCCCAGCAGGGUCAGCCUCAGCUGGGACCUGAGAUGAUGGAUCACCAGGGAGAUGGCCAGUGGGACCUGAAACGGAAGCACGCCCGGAGCCUCAGUGAGCGUCUCAUGCAACUCUCCCAGAGAUCAAGCAGAGACAUUCAGCCUCUCAGCUCCUCUCACAGUUACCCUAAACUGUCUAAUGGCCACUCUGGGCCUGUUGAACACCAGGGGCCAGAGUUUCAGAGGGGACCUCCCCCAGACUACCCCUUCCUGGUCAGGCCUCCUGGAUACAUGGUCAGCCACUCACAGGAGACACACGGACACUACUAUCAGGAACCACCUCCCUCAUUCCAAUCACAGCACAGGUACCUACCUUCCCAGGCCGAGAUGGUUCAACACAGUGUCCACUAUGGUCCAGAGGUCUACACGAGCCACAGCAACACCAGUACUCACAACAACACUGCCCAAAUGGACCUGUUGAGGGAGAAUGAGAGACUAAGGAAAGAGUUGGAGGUGUACAGCGAGAAGGCCGCCAGACUUCAGAAGCUGGAAGGAGAGAUCCAGAGGAUAUCUGAGGCCUACGAGACCCUGAUGAAGGGCUCAGCCAAGAGAGAGACCCUGGAGAAAACCAUGAGGAACCAACUGGAGUCAGAGAUCAAGAGACUGCACGACUUCAACAGGGACCUCAGAGAUCGUCUGGACAACGCUACCAAACGGCAGGAAGUUGAAUCGGCAGACAGGAAACAGCAGGUCUUCACCAAACUCCUGGAACAAAAUGAGGAACAGCAGCGGGAGGUGCAGCGUCUGCGUGGCUCCGGGGAGGAGUGGCUUCGGCGCCGGGAGGUUCUGGAGCAGGCCCUGGGGUCGGCACAGGCCCGUAACCUGGCCCUGGAGGAGGAGCUUAGGAGGAAGAGGGCGUACGUAGAGAAGGUAAAGCGGCUGCAGAGUUCCCUGGGCCAGCUACAGGCAGCCUGUGAGAAGAGAGAGGCCCUGGAACUCAGGCUGAGGACCAGGCUGGAGCAGGAGCUGAAGAGCCUCCGAUCAGCACAGUCCCACAGCACGGCUAGCGGUCCUGGCUCCCUGCCCUCUGAUCUGAGCUCCAUGGUGUCUGUACAGCAGCAGCAGCUGGCUGAGAGAGAAGAGAGGAUCCUGGCUCUGGAGGCUGACAUCACACACUGGGAACAGAAGUACCUGGAGGAGAGCACCAUGAGGCAGUUCGCUAUGGACUCAGCCGCCACCGCUGCAGCUCAGAGAGACAGCAGCGUCAUCAAACACUCGCCUCGUCACUCACCCGAUAACAGCUUCAACGACCACCUGGCAUUCAGCCACAGGCACCGGGAGAUGGAGAACAGAGUCCGAGCGCUGCACUCCCAGCUCCUGGAGAAGGAUGCAGUGAUCAGGGUGUUACAGCAACGGACUGGACGGGAGCAGAACAGGCUAGAGCAGCAGGACCUCCGUCCAGCCAGGUCCGUCCCCUCCAUCAGCACCGAGCAGCACGACCUCCGUCCAGCCAAGUCCGUCCCCUCCAUCAGCACCGAGCAGCAGGACCUCCGUCCAGCCAGGUCCGUCCCCUCCAUCAACACUGAUGGCCCAGUGGAGCAACCCAUCCAGGGGAAAGGGAAGAGCCUCUCUGAUGACCAGACGGCUGCUGCAAUGUCUCCUCUCUCCUUGCCCCCGCACCAACACCCCUGUGCCCCGUUGGCCCUGCCCACCCUGUUGCUCCUGUCCAAGCCCCAGAGCAGGGACUGCAGCACCCAGUGUGACCGUGAUGUCCUAGCCCAGGAGAUGGAUCUUACAGUGUAUCCCACCAGCAUGCUAGCACCCUCUGAGGCUUCCUCGACCUCAACACCUGCCUCCGAGCUCUUCCUGGCACCACCCAACACACACCAGAGCUCCAGAACUUCAGACUCAGCAGCAGAAGUGGUGGAAAUCCUAAUUUAAGAAACGCCGAACUGUGGGAUCCGCUGUGGGAUGGAUGGUGACAACACGGUAGACGGCCAAGAGAUCCUCAUGUCCUGUAUGUCCCUCCCAACGAGGAGAAGACAACCUGUCGGUCUGUCUCUGGUCAGACUAACCUCCAGAUGGACACUUCCUUUGGAGAAGGACAGACAGUUUGGAGACAUGGACAUGUUCUACCUAUCUAACUAUCUAACUACGUACCUACCUAUCUACCUACCUACCUACCUACCUAUCUACCUAUCUAUCUAUCUAUCUA